UUCCAGUCUCUACUUUCCCCACGUCUCUACAGUUUAUUUCCUCACAAUCUCUCUCUCUCUCUCUCUCUCUCUCUUCGUAAGUUUUCACCACCCCGCAAUCCAGCCACGUUGAAGUCCCACGCGCAAGUUUUCCCCAGUGUCGCACCUCCCAGCCCACGCACGGUCAGGCCAUGGAGGACCCUGUUAUGGUCAUGCUAGACACCACCUCAUGCUGCCGAGGCCUCCGUGCUCUGUCCUGCAACACAUCCAGCCCCAACCCUCUGCUCUAAGCCAAGCCAACCACUGUCGCACCCAUCACCACCAUUGUCGAACCCAACAACCCCCCGUCUUCCCCACUGUCACAGCCCACGGUAGACGCACAAACCGACAACCAACAAAUCACCAACUCUCACCCUCCCAUGGCUCGUUCGGCUAACCGCUUAGUACCCGCCGAUGGCUCGGUUCAAUUAUUACUCAGGAAUAGAACGUGCAGCUUUUUUCUAGAUUAGAUAUCAAUUAUUGUUUUCCCAUGCUAUAGCACCAAUAUCUCUUUUACCCCUUUCUUUACUCUCUUGUGGUGGCUUCUCGGUUUCCCACCUCUUUUUCUUUCUUUCUUUCUUUUUGCCCUUCUUUAUGAAAUUAGUGGAAUGAUGACAUAUUUCCAAGUCAUAGUCUUUCUUUAAGAUUUCCACUACUAUACAUGUCCAUCCAUGAAUUUCAUGAUGAUCGCCAGCUUUAUUCCAUUUUCAGAUAUUCAUAACCACUGAAAAGUAGCAAUCCUUACCAGAAAAUUUAUGGAAGUUCUUCCCUCCCAUAAGCUUCUUUUCCGACUCUGUCUCUUCAUAUCUCUUCGUAUCUCCUCACUUCUGGUUCUCUCCUCAGCUUACUCUCCUCCUGAUAAUUACUUCAUCAACUGUGGAGCACAUUCCAACACCACCGUCGAUAGCCGAGUCUUCGUUGACGACCGGGAUUUCUUACUCGGAAAGGGAGAAACUGUCAAAAACAGCAACUCAUCAACAAGCAGCUCACCUCUUUAUCAAACGGCAAUAAUUUUCAAACACCCGUCUUUAUAUAGGUUUGACAUCAACCAGGAUGGCACAUACAUUGUACGCCUCCAUUUCUUUGUUUUCUUGUCACAUACUGAUAUGUCUGUUGCUCGGUUCAAUGUUUCGGUUUCUGGGCUUGCUCGGUUCAAUGUUUCGGUUUCUGGGCUUUCACUUUUGAUGAACUAUAGCUUCCGAAACGUUGCUAGUUCUCCAAAGAUUGAGGAAUUCUUGCUCACCAUCCCAAAAGGUGAAUUUAAAAUCUACUUCAUACCCUACGAGACAUCUUCGGCUUUUGUGAAUGCCAUAGAAGUUUUUCUUGGCCCCGAGAGCUUCAUCCCUGAUGAGGCCCCUUACAUUACUUCUCAAGGAGCUAAGAGUAAUUACAGUCGUUUGAGCUCCAAGGUUCUGCAUAAAGUCCAUAGGAUCGAUGUUGGCGCCGACUCUACGUCCCAGCCCGAUGAGUUAUGGAGGAAUUGGGAUCCAGACAAUGAUUACUUACAGAGCCCAAAAAAUGAAACAUCUGAUAAGUACAAAGAUGAAACGCCUAAUUACUUACCAGAAAGGAUCACCAAGUAUAUUGCCCCAACUUUUGUGUAUCAGACGGCGAAACAAUUUAAAGAUAGUAGCAGCAACUCUAGUUUUCCAAAGAUAACUUGGAGUUUUCCUGUCAAUAAGAAUUCUAAGAACUUUCUUCGGGUCCAUUUCUCUGACAUAGUAAGUGCAACACCUAAUGACUUGUGGUUCAAUCUCUCUAUCAAUAGAAAUUUCAGUUUGGAGAUCAAUCCUUACAAUAUAACAGAGAGGAUGGGCGUUGUUCCAUUUUACAUCGAUUUUGUGGUUGAUUCCGAUGGUUUGGGAUUUGUGAAUGCUAGUAUCAGCCGAGUGGAAGACUCUCGGAUACAUAAUGCCUUUUUGAAUGGGUUGGAGAUUCUGGAGGUAGUGAACCAAUCAGGUUUCACUCCUCCUAGGGAAAUUGAAGUAGGGAAAAAGAAACUCUCCCCUGCUAUAAUUGGUCCUGCAUGUAGUGGGGCUUUUUUCAUUUUGGUAAUAUUGGUGGUGUUGGGUUUGAAAUUGAGGAAAUCAGGGCAUGAUCAUAUUUUGGAAGUGCCUCUGUAUGGAGGGUUUAGUUCGCACAACAGGUUGACUCAAAGAGGUCCUAAUGCUUCCCUUGCUCCUAGUCUAAACCUUAGUUUAAGGAUACCCUUUUCUGAUAUACUGAGUGCAACGAAGAACUUCAAUGCAAAGCUAUUGAUUGGUGAGGGUGGAUUCGGAAAAGUCUAUGAAGGAACUCUUAAAAAUGGUACUUUUAAAAAUGGUACCAAAGUGGCUGUGAAACGAAGUGAUCCAGGACAUGGGCAGGGUUGGGAGGAAUUCCAAACGGAGAUCAUGGUGUUGUCUCAGAUUCGUUACCGCCAUCUUGUUUCUUUGAUUGGAUAUUGCGAUGAAUGGCAUGAGAUGAUAUUGGUUUACGAGUUUAUGGAAAAGGGGACUCUGAGAGAUCACCUCUAUCAUUCAGAUGACAAUUAUGAGAGAUCAACUUCAGUGUCUGAAUUAUCUUGGGAGCAAAGACUAGAAAUCUGCAUCGGUGCGGCAAAAGGUCUACACUAUCUACACACUGGUCAGGCUGGAGGAAUCAUUCACCGUGACGUGAAGUCAACAAACAUCCUGCUCGAUGAACAUUAUGUGGCUAAAGUUGCUGACUUUGGCCUUUCGAAAUCCGGCCUUCCCGAUCCAGACAACUUCACCAUGGGUGUAAAAGGUAGCUUUGGUUAUCUUGAUCCAGAAUACCUUACAACCCUACAAUUGACAGAGAAAUCUGAUGUAUACUCAUUUGGAGUUGUACUUCUUGAAGUUCUCUGUGCCAGACCGGCUAUUAUACAGUCAUCUCAGUUGGAUGAGGUGAACUUAGCAGAGUGGGGGAUGCUGUGGCAAAAGAAAGACCAACUCGAGAACAUUAUCGAUCCAAUACUUGUUGGUAAAAUUAAACCUAGUUCAUUGAGAAUAUUUGGUGUUAUUGUAGAAAAGUGUUUGAAGGCAUUUAGUAUUGAGAGGCCGACUAUGCACGAUGUGUUGUAUGACCUAAAUUAUGCACUGCGGCUUCAACAAACUGGAAUGCCUAGAGAGCCAUUUGAGGAUAGCACGACGACUACCAUAACUUCAUUGGAGUUGCAGCUUCCAGUCGUUUUGAACUUUCCUGUUCAUGAAGACGAUGGUGCACCCAUUGGAGGGGAUGAUAGUUCUGAUAUAGAGAUAAGUGAAGUCUAACCACUUGUUUGGGUAAGUACUGUCUGGUUUGUAUUAGCACCUGAAUUAAUUGUAAUAUUUAAUUAUCGUUUUAAGAAUAGACUUUUAUUAAUAGUUAUCAAAUCUAGUGUUCCUUGCAUUACUUAAA